CAAGUGUAGCCUCAUUUGAAUUUGAAAAGCACAGCAAGAACUCCCUUGGUGAAUUUUCCUUCCAUUAUUUUCCCAUCAAGACUCGCCGCUUCUUUUGAGAGAACUUUGCUUCGGUGACCGGAAAAUAGGUUUCUUACUCGAGAAAAUGGAGGGCAGAUUCUUGUGGCUUGUUCUAGUUCUGUUUUCUGUGUUUGUUCUACGCGUUUUCUCCCUCGACAAGUGUGCGCAGGAUAAACUCACGUACGAAUUCACCGAGUGCGAUUCGGCCGAAGGCAGAUGGCGUGUCGCAGUUCCAAAACAACCUGAUUCCUGUGAGGCCAGCGAGGUUCCUGUACGCCAGAAAACCUGUAUUUACACUUGUGAUCCAGGCCACUAUGUUGAUGUCACAAGUAAAUCAUUGGAGUGUAAAACGUGCCCAAAAGGUACCUACAGCGUUGGCGGAGGCGUGCGUUUUAACAACUGGGAUAAAUUACCCACUGGUUUUGACAGCCGCAUCUCAGAUGAGCAUUAUUCAGGAUAUGGGUACGACAGUGAAUAUUUUACAGAAGAAAACGGAGCCAACUGUUCAAAGACUGGAUGGACGCCCCGUGGAGACCAUAUUGCCUCACCAGGAGAUGAGUGUACCUCAGAGUUGUCAUAUGCUGUCACUCUCCAAAAGGAUGGGCACGUGUCAUUUGAUUACUACUACACUGAUGAUACCUACACUGUCUUCCGUGUUUUUGUAAGAAAUGAACAAUGUAAAGUCAGCAGCCUGGAUCACAAAGACUCAUAUAUUCCCAGCUCUCAUAACAAUGAAUGGCUUACCACAACGGUCAAUUUAAAAGCUGGAAGAAAUGUGAUCAUCUGGCAAGCAACAGCCAUUACUUAUGGUGGCAAACAUGACAACAGAGAGCCUGUCUAUAUCAAGAGUAUUGAAAUUCAAGGUGUGUCAUACACAUCAGAGUGUACACCAUGUGAAGCAGGAUUUUAUAAUGAUGAAGAGGCCCAAGGAAGCUGUAAAAUGUGCCCAGUUAAUACCUUUUCAGCUCCCCAUGCCACUGAGUGUUCAAAGUGUAAUGAGGUCACAGAAUAUGCUGGUCGUGGGGCAACAAACUGUACCUUGAGGAAACCAUGUACAGAACAAGACUACUAUGACAUUCGCACAGCUUGUGACAGUGACCAUAAGACCCAAGUAAAGUACAUGUGGAUAGAGCCAAAAAUUUGCAGAGAAGAUGCAGACAAUGCCAAAAAACUUCCGCCAUCAGGAGCCAAAAAAGACUGUCCUCCGUGUAAUCCCGGGAUGCAUGCAAACAGCACAGGAGCAUGUGAUUUCUGUCCAGUUGACUACUUUAGUGAUGGCAAAGCGGAAUGCAAAAAGUGCCCUGUAUCCACUGACGCUGUUUAUGGCUACCAUUUGAGGUGGUGGCGUGACAUUCCAGAAUUUGUAAGUGCUUCAUGCUUCUCUAUGUCAGACCGUGGAUGUACUUCAAAACAGGGCUGGCAGCCACGUGGAAACUACCUCGACAGUGGCAACAACCAAGCGGACGACGUCUAUAUGACAUUGAAACUUCCAAUCAAAGGUUUUGGAAGUUCUGAAGGCCUUGCCAAUCCAGGACCAGGCCAGUAUGGUAUUGUGGAGUUUGUGUUUGAGAUGAUCUGCCAAGGAGAGUGUACCCUUAAGUUUAAAGAGAGGCCCCGUUUCAAAGGAACAAGUUUGAUUGAGACAUGGACAGGAAAUAAUGGGAAACAGAAAUACAGUUACAUCAUUUCAUCUCAGAAGAGCACAGAAUUUAUCUGGAUAUUCCAAAAAGAAACUUCAUUUUAUUUUGAGGAUAAUGGACUGUCACAGAGUUACGUUGAUGACCGGGUGAAGAUCUACUCCAUUACUGUGAACAACACCUUCGGAGGAGGUGCAGAUCACUGUCGUGAGUGCCCAGUCUCAUCAGGAAAUGGAUGCAUCAGUUGCCCCAAGGGUAAUUACGUGGACACAAAGAAUCACAAGUGUGUGCCAUGCCCCAAAGACACUUACCUGAAUACCAGUAACCCGUAUGGGGCAGAUUCCUGCAUCCCAUGUGGUCCAGGACUCAAAAGUGAAAAAGGAUCAACUCUGUGUCAUUCAACGUGCCAUUUUUUCUCAGCAAAGCACAGGCGAAUGUUCAAUCUCACUGAUCUACAGGGGACUCACAGUGUUGCCAGUGCUCCGUCAUUUACCAGUCGUGGUUUCCGCUACUAUCACCUCUUCAACUUGAGUCUCUGUGGUCAUCCAUACCAGCUAGCAAAGUGCCACAGCAAUAUCAGUCUUAGUUCUGGGAAAUCAGAAUACUACAAUCUGACGUCACCUGUUUGUCGUAUGACUGUCGUACCCGGUCCUCCUCAACUUGUCACCACUCAGACAAUCAGCCUUGCUGAUCGUCUUGUGGGUAUUUACGAGGAUAUCGGUGACAACUCCACCAAUGAAACAUCAGUGUUUGCUGAAAAAGGAGGUGCAGUGACAAACACCUCGACCUUUUUCCUAUUCAAGUUCCACAGCGGCACCCCCACUCAAGCUUGCCCCAAUGGUCGAUCAGUUUGGGCUACAGUCUUGUGCGAUGUCACAGCAGGAACGGGUGUGCUUGAUGUGCCCUCUAAGUGUCCAGAUGGAACAUGUGAUGGUUGUCGGUUUGAGGUCUUGUGGCGAACAAAGAUUGCUUGUCCCAUCUGUACAGUCUCUGAUUACAAACAAGUCAAGUCCUCUUGUGAGAGUGGAAAAAAAUCGUUAACCUACAUGUGGAGACAACCAAAACUGUGUCGCGAUGGAGUUCCCUUACCGCCUGUAAAGCACCUCAAUUGCGAAAUUUGGGAACAGUCAGUUGGUUCAGCCUUGAAGGAUUUCAAGAUUGGGAUUGCUGUGGUGGCUGCCCUGGUAGUCCUCAUGAUUUGCACCAUGUUUGGCCUGUGGUACAAGAACAGGAAGCUUAAUUACAAGUAUCAUCGCUUAGUGGCAAGCAGUGAUCGACCAGGUGAACUACCUCAGGUUGAGAAAUGUGUGGUGGAUGACGAUGAAGAAGACGAGGAGGAGGUUCAUUUCAGGGUCGGCAAGGACCGCGGAAAAAAAAUUCUCAAGAAGAUUAAGGACAUGGCUAGUGGAGGAAAGAAGAAGGAGAAAGUCACGUUUGAUGACGAUGAUGACGAGUAUUUUGAGUCUGUGCAUCUGGAGGCAGGCAAAGAGGCACUCACGGAUGACUUCAAUUGAACACCAACAAGCACAGGACUAACUGCAGUAAAUUCAUAUUACGCUCUGAUCCAUUUAAACUAGAGUCUCUGUUGCGAUCUUCACUGAUGCUCAACUUUAACGAUCAUCUGUCAGCCCGCCACAGAAACAUUAAACUAGCAAGUAGAAAGUGCUAAAUAACAACAGAGUAAUGCUGUUAAUGAUUAAACGAGCUUAAAUUCAAGGUAUUGAAGAAGAUUGCAAGAUUUUACUACUGUCUACCCGAUGUAGCACAGAUAGGUCUGUUCUUCAAUAGACAAGACAGCGUGACAUUCUUGGCUGUUUGGCAUGACAAAAUGAUGCUGUCACGCUUGAGGAGUCUGUAGUAAAACCCUAUAGAGGCAAGAUUUUAAUGCUGUCUGUCCAAUUAUUCAUACAAUAUUCUCAAGAUCUCGUGAAAAUGCCAAAAUGUUUAAAACAAAGUGGCCCUGAAUUUGCAAUGUUGGGACGACGUAGUUGGCAAAUACCCCUCACCCCCACCCCCUACUUUGUGCAUAUUUGGAUUCCCACCAGUAGCUGUUAGGGAACUUUUUCACGGCUUUGUUUAUCCUUAGGCUGACUGUUAAAUGACUAUAAGCUGUUUAUAGACUGGAGUGCCACAUCUAAGCGAGUUUAGAUAGGGUAGGGACAAACUGAAAAAUUUAAUUCACCCACCGCUCACCUUUCGCUUAUCAAGCGUGAGUCAUUAUGCCCACCCGUGAGCAAGAUUUUGACAAUUAAUUAUCUUUACAGUUUUGACGUAAUAGACCCUUUGCACGAUCCGGUCACAUGGUACGGAAUUAAUUUCGCUGGGACGCAAGUUACACAGUGGGACU